AUGCAGCGUCCUCGAGCUAAUGGUAGAGUGAGAGCUUGGACGGUCGAAGAUGUUAGACGACUCUUCACCGGCGAUGCAGCUAAGGAGGCUAGUGAGGCCCCGAAGCAAGGGAAUCGAAAGGGUACUGGAGGGAUUGCCUUUCGGUGUCUUGAUUGUGAGCUGGACUCGAAUUGUGUUGUCUGUCCGGACUGCUUUUAUGGAGGCAAUCAUGAAGGACAUCAUGUGAAGUUGAUAAGGACCGUUGGUGGAUGCUGCGACUGCGGCGAUGAGGCGAGCUGGAGGAAGAGCGGGUUCUGUUCAAAGCACCAGGGUCUCGCUAAAGAAGACGAUAGUAGAGCAGCCUUCGAGGCCAUGCCUCGGGAACAGCAGAAAAGAAUUGAAGCGUGCGUCCCUGCAGUGCUGAGGUUCUUGAUACGUCUUCUGCAGAGGAGGCCGGUCGAUGUGAUGGUUGUGAGGGGCAUCACAGCUUGGCUGCUACGUCAAGCAAAGGCGUCUCUGGGCUUCCGUUACUUUAUCACUGAGAGGCUGUCGAGGCCGAUAGAGUCCAGGGGCUCUGCUGCUAGUCUGCUGAAUGAUAUGGUGAUGGCAUUCAACGAAAUGGCUAAGGAGAAGUUAGUGCGUAAAGUCGGGGAUGAGUUCAAGCAGACGAGCUCAGAGGCGGUCGAGUCGGGUGGACUGCCCCUGACGGCUUUACGGUUUGGUGAUGAGGAUGAUGAUGAGGACGAUGAGGAUAUGGAAGGUCUUGAGGACAUAGACGGGCUCGAGGACAUGGACGAUUUCUUGGCGAUGCUGCCUGAAACUGGUGACGAGCGAGUCGUUGCUGCUUUGGAGGCUGCUAUGGCUGCGGGAGGAGAGCAUGGCGUGGCGGGGAAUGCAAACGAGAAUUUGGAGCACGCGCCCGACUCUGCCACCGACGAUGCAGAGGAAGCCGAUGGAGUUGAGGAGGAGGACGGGGAACCACUGCGGCAAGAGGUUGAUGGAGAUGUCCUCAUGCGGACUAUGGAGGACCUACUCUCACAACAGAGGGACUCAUUUGCUAUGAAUCCAUUCAAGAGAGUCCUCCAAGCGGUUAACGACUUCAUCCUGAUGAUGUCUCAACUCUCCCCCACCUUCAAGCUGCAAUUUACUCGAGUCUUCAUGCGGCACUAUGACGAGAUUUCUAGUUUUAACGUGGAGCAGUACCAAGCCAUGGGGACAUCCAGCUCGAGUGCUCAGAGUGCGCAAGAGGACGAGGAGGCCCCACCGGCAGACAUUGCAGGGAUGUCGGUCCAGCUGCUGACGAUACCCGAGAUAUGCCUGGCUCUGAUGAGGCCCCGGGGGAUAGGGCCAGAUAAGGGCAAUUUGUUGGAGAUUCUCUUUGAUCGUCUUCACUCGCUGUUCGAGGGGAUUUAUAAUCACCAGAAUCGGACGCUGGAGUUGUCAGUGCUGAUGGGUUCUGGUCCAAGAGAAUUGGAUAUGACCAUAUGGCGGGUGACGCAUGACAUCAGCUAUGUGCUCUACCACCCCCAGCUCUGUGAGGUGUUCCUACGCAGUCCACAGCUGCAGCGACAGCUUCUGGCCAGUGCGUCGUUGAUGAGCUUUAUGAACCCGCAGGAGAGGGCGUUGCUUGAACACGUUACUUAUGAAAACAAGGCGUGGCGGACAGCAUUCAAGUUGGAGGGCGGUCUGGCGUCUACCUUGCGGAGUCUGGGCUCGUAUUGCUCGAGUCCUGAGAGAAGCAUAGAUUCUCUCAUGGGCUUUUAUAAGGAGCUCGUGAGCGCUAUCAUGAACCGGCUGCUUACAUCGUGCGUCAACUUCGACUUGCUGCUGUCGGCCUCUCCUGAGGAUAUGCAUAAGUGGCUGAAAGUAUUCCCAGUAGAGGCCCUCCUCGUGAUGAUGAAGGAAACGAUCGGCGUGUUAACUCUAUCGGGUGAGAUUCGUGAUAACCUGUGGGUUCGCAAUGGAGGGACGAUGCAGCAGCAACGUAGCGAGUACUCUAACAUGGGCCUGAAGAGCUCUGACCAAGCCUCGGUCCAACUGUGUCUGGUUCUAUUGGGGGAGCAUUGGAAGCACGAGUCCCCUGGAAGAGUGCAGCCCUUGAUAGCAGUCAUGUCGGGGGUCCUUCAAGAUCGGCCGGUGUCUGCGAGCGAAGCUGAGGAAAUCAGAUGCAGGCGAGAAAAGCGUAGCGACGAGGAGAGCAUAGAAGUACCACCUGGGAUUACUGUAUGGACUUGGAUGAAGAGCAAGCAUUUCGAAGAUGCUGACUGCAUGCGAACACUCUGGAGGAGGAUCGUGAGAAACCAAUGUCCCCCGGAAGGCACUGAGGAGUACGAUGAGGCUGCUUACCUGGCCAGACGGGCCAUCGUCCAGGUGUUGGCAUAUAAGAACUUCACUUUCGGCCAGUUAGUUCUGUACCUGCCUGGUCCCUUGCGUUCUUGUGAGGCAGUGAUCUCCUCGGAAUUGGAGCUACUCGCUCAACGAGUUGGUACCAGCAAUAGUGGUAGCAGUUCUAACACUAGGGAGAGGGUUCGUUCGGAAGACAUCAUCGGGGAGGAAGGGACUACUCCUGAGGAGAGUACGGGACGAACGAUGUACAGUUUGAAGAAGGGCAGUUGGUCCUACUACGACGCUUACUGCUCGGCCUUUGGUAACUCCAAGCAACGAGAGGCCGCUAUGGAGCAUGCGUUGUCCAAGGCUGAGGUGGGAAUCAUUGGCCCGAGUAAUGAGAUAGAGAUCCUACCAUCGAUGCUUCGUAACCUAGUUGACGCCAUCAUCGAACCAUUGACCUAUGCUAAGUCGACAGGGAAUAGUCCACGCCCAUUUGAUGUCUAUGAGCUCAUAUUUGUUCUCAUCAAGGCCAGGACGUUCGAGCUCCAUGCUACGGCCGCUGCUGGCCCGAUGUCGAUGUCCUCGGCUAAGCUCUCGGCACUGGACUGGACCAUUGGUGUGGCCAUCCGGCUGGCAGAUUUCUUGGCUCAGUCGAUCCCUGCGGAGAUGGUGACGGAGACAGCUGUGUUGCACGGCUAUCAUGGAGUUGGCGCGAUUGCCACUGCGCAUGACUUGCACGUAAAGCAGGAGCUGAAUGGCCGCUCAGGGUUCGUUCUUGGUUAUGGUCGCGGUGGGAGGAUCGACGUCUAUUUCAAACCGGAGGGAAUCUUCCGUCUCAAAGAAGAGAAUGUCCGGUAUGAUGACGACAAGCAUGCAAAUUGGUUACAGCUGAUGCGCUCAGCUCUACAGGAGUUGUCGGGCCUGGACGAGAUACUCCCUAUACUCGGGCGUACUGUGAAGUCGGUGAUGAGCCGACGGGGUGCUGCUGAAACGCCACCCCCGAGGGGGACACUCGGAACGGAGUCAUCGUCGUCCGGUCCGAGAACUCGUCAGCGUCGUCUGGAGAGCGCUAAAAGAAGGCAAAAACUGAUCAUCAAAGCCAUGAGGCGGCGACAGGAGGAAUUCUUGAAGUCGAUGAAGCAGUUGAAGGAGUCGGACUCAGUUGGGGGCCGGGGAAGUGGUAGAGGGCUGCUCAAGCGGUUGUUCGGAAGCCAGGAGGAAGCGCGGUCAGAGUUGCCGACCAGUGCAGGAAGCUUGGGAGCUGCUGUUGCUGCUCCUACGGCAUCAGCGGAGUCGGACCAGGAGUGCGCCUUGUGUAGAGAGACGGACACGAUAGAGAACCUACAGCGGACAGGCCCUCUCUGUGUUGUGGCCUAUUUGGGCCGAGGAAGAGUGGCUGGGCCGGGGUUGGACGGCAAGGGCAUUGGAGCGUAUAUCAAUAGCUGUGGCCAUAUGGUGCAUUCGAAGUGUUGGAGUAAACAUCGUGCAGCGAUCCGUAUGCGUCAUGAGGGCCAUCACGACUUCUUCUUCGUCGACGUGGAGAAGGGGGAGGCGCCCUGUCCUAUGUGUCGUUCUCUAGCGAACCUCUGCCUGCCCUAUACCAAGCUCAGCGUCCUGACGAGCGCAGGGGAUAAGUGGUGGACUCCUUGGGACCGAGAUUCGAUCGGUCCAGAUAGGGUGGCGCGCGCCAUGGCUACGUGUGAAAUGAACAAUCUUGUGAAAGCGGUAUGGGAGUCUCGAGAUCGGUCCGAUGUAGGAGAAACCAACAGUGGUGAGAAGAAGACGAGGGCGGGCAUGCUCUUGAGCGUUGCGUACAGCCAUUUAUUGGGAAUUAUGGCCACUUUGCCGUCAGUGUUGGUGGAAUGUGCAUGCACGGAGCCUCAACAUCAAGUGCCAACUUUUGCGAUACUACUGCGCGCACUGGCUGCUGAGCUCAUGACGGGCGAUAGCGACUUGAAAGGAGACAACCGAGGGAUGGAUAUCCUCGCACGUAUUGUGGGUCGACGAAUGACGCAGACCAAGUUGUCGGAGGAGCUAGGGCAAAUAUGGCGAGAGCAGAAGCAGGAUGGGCACGAUGAUGAAUCGGCCAUGGAGCGCUUGACGGAGGUCGGCAUGAUGGCAUGCUGGGCUGUGGCAUCCCUGAAUAGUCUUGACGAAGCUGACCUCAAUCGACUGCAGUUUGCAGGCUUGGGCGAUCCGAAGGAAGCGUGGUAUACAAUAUGCAGCGUUCUGGAGAUAGCAGACCCUCUCUACGGCAUGCAUGUGGAUUUGAGCAGCCUUCGAUCGGUGUCGACUAGGCCACGACCAAUGUUCAGCUCGGAGAUGGUUACGUUCAUUGAUCUCCCUAUCGAUAUGUUGGAGCUUGUCCGUGAAACCCUCUCACGUGAAUGCGGCAAUUGUCACUCUAAACCCCUGGAUCCAGUGGUAUGUCUACUAUGUGGAGAUGUUUUGUGUCUGGACGGCGAGUGUUGCCGAACGCCUGGACAGACCGAAGGAGAGUGCACUCGGCAUGCUCGAGCCUGUGGAGGUGGCCAGGGCCUUUUCAUAAUGCCCUAUGCCUCAGUGAUCCUUGCGGUAGCUGCUCCGAGGAACUGCAUCUGGGAUGGCCCGUAUGAAGACUCUCAUGGUGAAACUGACAGUUAUUUGCGUCGGAAUAUGACGGAUUUGAAACUAUCCAAAAGACGAUAUGACCAACUCAAGUCUGCUUUUAUCCGCGGCACCAUUGAUAGCGAUAUUAUAAAGAACAACGAGAAGACUGGCCGGUUCGUACCAAGAGCUCUCUAAUAUCUCUUCCUACUGUUCAGCUUACUUAUCGUUAUACAGUUGCUACAGUAUUGUUACUCGUUUCGUAUUAU